AGAAACUGAGGGGAGAGGAUACGCGUGAGGGGGGUCUGACAAUGCACUGACAAAAAGGCAUGGAAACCAUCUCUGGAGAAACGGGUUGGGAUGGAACAGUCCACUCCUCUCUGGUGACGACAGGAAGGACUAACAUUACUUCCUCUUCCCUUUACUCGGCGGACUUUGCCUCCUUCAACAGCUCCCAUGGUGGGGGGUCUUACUUCUGGAUCAUCCCUGAAAAUGCCUCGGCCACCCCACCUCACACCAUGCCCCAGCCCAGGGUGCGUGACCUGGGCUUGGCCCGGGCUGAGAUCGGGGUGCUGGGGCUGGUGCUAGCCUUAACCACCCUGGGGAAUGGCUUUGUGCUGUGGGUGUUGUUAAGGAGGAAGAAGCAGAAUGCUCCCAUGCACCUGUUCAUGGUCAACCUUUGUGUGGCCGACCUGGUGGUGGCGCUGUUCCAGGUUCUUCCCCAGCUGGUGUGGGACAUCACAGAAAGGUUCCAGGGGCCUGACAUGCUCUGUCGCUCCGUCAAGUACCUUCAGAUCGUGGGCAUGUUCGCCUCAUCAUACAUGAUUGUGGCCAUGACGGUGGACAGACACCAUGCCAUCUGCUGCCCACUGCAGGCCUACCGCGGGGGGGCAGUUUCCCGCUGGAACACCCCCGUUAUGGUGGCCUGGGGUCUGGCCCUGGUCCUCAGCAUACCACAGGUGUUCAUCUUCUCCAGGUCGGAGGUGUCUCCGGGAGAGUUUGAGUGCUGGGGUCACUUUGCAGAACCAUGGGGGCUCAAGGCCUACGUCACCUGGAUGACUGUUGCAGUGUUCCUGCUGCCUGCCUUGAUCAUCACCGUCUGCCAGAUAAGGAUCUUCCGGGAGAUCCACAACAACAUCUACCUGAAAUCGGAGAGAGUUGUUUCGGCGGAGCUCAAGAAGAACGCCGUCUUCUUCCGUUUCCACAGUGUCAAGAAGAAGGAGGAGCGACCGCGGGAGAGGGGGAGGGGGGCCUGCGGAGGGGGCAGGGAGGGCAGAGGGGGCCUGCUGUUGAAGACGAUGAACAGCAACCCCUCCGGCUGCCACAGUGCCUUCGACCACGCGGCACAACAGCAGCCUUUCUGCCCCCCGGAGAACCUGCACGCCAGCCCUGGACCAGGAGACGGCCGGCAGGACGGUGCCUCUGCCCUGCCUUGUGACUGCUCACACGGGCCGAGCAAUGGCUGCUACUGCCAGUCCUACAGCUCCUACGAGCUGCCUCGGGGCUCCUUGACGCACGCCUCCCUGGAGUACCCGCCGCCCCUGGCUCCCCUGGCUCCCCUGGCUCCCCUGGCGCCCUUGGCUCCGCCCGGCAUCUCCAAGGCCAUGUCCAAAACGGUGAGGAUGACGCUGGUCAUCGUGCUGGUCUACACCAUCUGCUGGUCGCCGUUCUUCAUCGUCCAGCUGUGGGCCGCCUGGGACCCCAACCCCCCCGACCAAGGCAUAGCCUUCACCAUCCUGAUGCUGUUGGCCAGUCUGAACUCCUGCACCAAUCCCUGGAUCUACACAGCCUUCUCCAGCAGUGUGUCUCUGGAGCUCCAAGCCCUGCUGCGCUGCAGGCCACGGCCCCCGCGAAGGGGCUCCCUCCCCGACGACUCCACCACCACACACACCUCCACCAAGGACAGCCUGUACUGACAGAUCCCCAAGGGAUGGACAUUUGACACACGCACAUGCUCAGAGACACGCACACACGAGGCCAGCUUGUGGAUGACACGUACACACACGAGGACAGCUUGUGGAUGACACGUACACACACGAGGACAGCUUGUGGAUGACACGUACGCACACUGCGCCACAGCUGCCCCUGGAGAACAGCCUCCACUGACUCCUGCCACAGGAAGCUCUUGACAACAAGGGGACAGCUGUGUCAUCGUUGUCGGGGGCUCCCGUAUCCAGCAUCACCUGUCUCCAAGGCCUUUCUCCCGUGGGAGGGCGGGACCCUGCGUGUCAGCACCACACAAUGAAACACCCAGCAGGCAUCGACGCCAGGAUCAGACCCAGCACCUGGCAGAGAUGGCGCAAAGCAACAUAACCACUUGCAAAAGAGACGACUCCUGUUGAACUGACUGAGAUACUGACUAACACUCUGCGCCAAAUCUCUCCCACCCCCCCCCCCCCUCCAGAAAGAACGGUAGCUUCUGUACUCCCUCUUGAGCUGUAAAUCUGUUUACCUCAUGGGAUUGGAACGGACAGGGCCGUAAUGGGCUGGCUGACUGCAUGCCUAAUGCAUAGAGCAGAGUGGCAAGCAGGCAGUACUCUGAGACUACAAAGCCAUGGGCUCAGGGAGAGGAGAGAGAGAGAGAGAGAGAGAGAGAGAGAGAGAGAGAGAGAGAGAGAGAGAGAGAGAGAGAGAGAGAGAGAGAGAGAGAGAGAGAGAGAGAGAGAGAGAGAGAGAAAGGGGGGAGGCACAGAGCUGGGCUUGGACUGAGAACAGACAUGAGGAUGACAUGGAUGUUACAGCUGUGGGAGUCCCUGGGAGUGGGAGUCACCGGGAGCUAAAGCUAAUAUUCUGAGGGAAUUCUUAGUCAAAUCAAAGCAAGUGGCUUAUAAACGAAUGCCUGAGGUAGAAUUCAUGCACACCCAGGAGAGGAAUCCGGUUUCCAAGAGAGAGAGAGAGAGAGAGAGAGAGAGAGAGAGAGAGAGAGAGAGAGAGAGAGAGAGAGGGGGAGGAUC